AUGUACUUCACUAAGUCCUCCGUUGUUGCCUUCAGCCUUCUGGCUUCCUCUACUCUCGUGGCUGGCCAUGGUGCCAUCAUCAAGGCUACUGGUGAUGCUGGUGGUGCUGGCUCUGCCAUUGGCGUCGACCCCAACACUCCACGUGACGGUACCAACCGCAACCCCUUCCAGCAGGACUCCACCCGCUUCCGUGGCGAUGCUGCAGCCACAUGCGGUGAGACUCUUGGUGCAGGUGCCAACGACAUUCAGGCUGGUACCGCUCAGGUCAUGCAGCUCAACGGCCCCACCCUUCCCCAGGUCUCCCCUGGUGGCUCCCUCUCGAUGACUAUUCACCAAGUCAACUCUGACGGUGCCGGUCCCUACAAGUGCAUGAUCGACGCCAGUGGUACUGGUGCGAACUGGGUCCCUAUGACCGUCACCCAGAACCUCCCGGGUAACGACCGUGGCCGAAACAAGGACACUCAGCUGCAGGACCAGCCCCUCAACGUCCAGAUUGACGCUGCUCAGACCUGCACUGGAACCGUCGCUGGACAGAGCAAUGUCUGCAUGGUCCGUUGCCAGAACCCUGCUCGUGCUGGACCUUUCGGCGGCUGUGUUCCCGUUCAAAUGGCUGGUGCCGCCGCCGCCGCUCCUGCCGCUGGUGCUGCCGCUGGUGCUGCCGCUGGUGCUGCCGCUGGUGCUGCCGCUCCCGCCGCUGGCGGAGCUACUGGCGCUGGCGGAGCUACUGGCGCUGGCGGAGCUACUGGCGCUGCACCUGCUGCAGGUGCUGCCGCUCCCGUCGCCAACGGCCAGACUGCAGGCGCUACUACUGGAUCCAACACCGCUUCGUCCCCUGCCCAGCGCCGCAAGAACGCACCAGCCCUUACCGAUGACGACCAGCAGGAAGAGCUUGAUCUUGUCGACGGCGAGUUUUAA